AGUCUAACUCACAGACACUAUUGCUGCUGCUGCUGCACCGACUUCUGCCAUCAGAAUUGCUGCUACAGACUCCAGUGACGGACGGGUCGUUCUUACUCUCAAAGUGACUUGGAAGAUGAGGGCUGCCAUCUCACUGCUGGUGCUGCUGCUCUCCAUGUGUGGAGUCCAGACAGACGUCUCUACUGAGCUGAAGGAACUCAGAGACAUGCUGGUGGCUCUGGAGGCUGAAAAUAAAGCCGUGAAAGAAAGGCUGACAGUCAGUGAGGGUAAAGUGGAGGCUCUGGAGACAGAGAUCAGAGCAGCACCCAAGGUGGCCUUCUCAACAGCUCUGAAGGAAAUUGGACUUGGAUACAUAGAGUCUGGGAACACUGACCUGAACUUGGUGUUCAAGAAAGUCAUCACCAAUGUAGGAGAGGGCUACAGCAGCUGGACGGGCAUCUUCACAGCUCCAGUCAAGGGGGUCUACUACUUCAGGUUCACUGUUAUGGAUCUUCUGUUCUCACGCGACACGUAUAUCAAGAUGUAUAAGAAUGGACAGCAGCUCAUGGAAUUGUAUGAGGAAGACAUUGAUGGACAUCCCACCUAUCUGUCCAGUGGCCUGGCUCUGCAGCUGGAGAAGGGAGACACAGUUAACCUGGUGCUGCCAGCAGGCAACAAGGUCUAUGAUAAUAGUGACAAUAACCACUGCACCUUCAGUGGCUUCCUGCUCUUCCCUCUCUGAACGCCACAACAUCACCAUGACCACUCACAGGAACGCUGACACACACACACACACGCACACACACAC